CUUGUUUUAAUCACUAUUGAUAAAAUAGACUUGUUACAUGCAGUUUGUUUGGUUAAGGCAUAUUCUUGUUGAUACUUUUUCUCACAAAGCUCUGCAUAAUCAUGUUUCAUAUCAUAAACUUCUCCUUCCACAUUGUUUCCCUCCCCCCUCCAACUACCUCCACCACCACUAUCACCUCCAAAUAAAAACCCCUAAAUUUGUUAAAAAACAAAUUUGUUUAAAUUAAAUGGCGUUGUAUUAUUAUUAAAUGUGCUAUGUUUAAAUUAUCAUUUUUUUAACGUUCUUCCAAAUCCCAAUAAAUGAUCAUAUCAUUGGAAUUUAAUUCAAAUUCGAAUUCUACGUCUUCUAGAAACUGAAUUUCAUGAACU